AUGAACCCAGUUUACCUGGACUACAACGCCACCACUCCAAUCGAUCCUCGGGUAGCCGAGGCGAUGCUGCCCUACAUUUACAAACACUUUGGCAACCCUUCCAGCGGCCACCUAUUCGGACGCAACGCCAAUGACGGUGUCAACGCGGCACGCCGGCAGGUGUCCGAAUUGCUCGAAUGCCAUAGCGACGAACUCAUUUUCACCAGCGGCGGCACCGAGUCCAACAACUACGCCAUCAAGGGCGCCCUCGCUGCCAACCGGAGCCGGGGCAACCAUAUGAUUACCUCGGCGGUGGAGCAUCCGGCCAUCAUUGAAGUGUGCAAGUUUCUGGAGACCCAGGGCUACCGGGUUACCUAUCUGCCAGUGGACGAAUACGGGAUGGUUGACCCCGGGCAAGUGGAAGAGGCUAUCACCCCGCAGACCACGCUCAUCAGCAUCAUGCACGCCAACAACGAGGUGGGCACCAUAGAGCCAAUCGAGGCAAUCGCCGAGGUGGCCCACCGGCACGGCGCGCUUUUGCACGCCGAUUGCGCUCAAUCCGUCGGCAAGAUUCCGGUGCUGGUGGAUGAACUGGGAGUGGACCUGCUGUCCAUCGCCGGACACAAACUCUACGCUCCAAAGGGGAUUGGCGCGCUGUACGUCCGCCGGGGUGUGGCGUUGGAAAAGCAGAUGCACGGAGCCGGCCACGAAGGGGAUUGGCGGGCCGGCACCGAGAAUGUGAUACACAUGGCCGCGCUGGGUCAGGCCUGCGAGUUGAUUCACCAUCACCUGCCCGACUACCAGCGACACAUGGCAGAGAUGCGUGACCGUCUGGAAGCCGGCUUGCAGGGCACGUUUGGCAACAUUCGGAUCAACGGGCACCCCAGCAAACGCCUGCCCAAUACCUCCAGCGUCAGCUUCAAGCGGGUGGAAGCCAAUACCGUUCUGGCCGGAAUGGUAAACCUCGCUGCAUCAGCCGGGGCGGCCUGCCAUAGCGAUCGGGUAGAGGUGUCUAGCGUCCUCGAGGCAAUGGGCGUUCCGCUGGAAUACGCCAUGGGCACCCUCCGGUUUUCAGUCGGCAGAUAUACCACCGCCGAGGAAAUCGACCGCGCCGUGGCCGAGGUUGCCAGAGUCGUGAUUCCCCAUCUGCAGGCCGCAGCGUCGGUCGGGUAG